GUAGUAUAAAACACUGAAACUAAGUACUUUCCUGUCUGUAUGAUAUUAGGGUGGGUUAAUGGAUUCAUGGUCAAUUAUUAGACAUAAAAGUUCAAUGCAAGUGGUCAUCCCCUGUGACCUUUGUGAGAACCCCACCCAGCAAUUCUGUAACAACUGUCAGAUCAGUCUGUGUGUGACGUGCAUCAGCAAACAUGUGGACAACUUUAAGUACCAACCACAUGACAUCGUUCAUUUCAAUGACAAAAAAAUGGCUUUUCCUGAGUGUGCCACUCACCUCAAACAAAGAUGUGAGGCUUAUGCAAACAAUGUGAGGUUCCAAUUUGCAUGAAAUGCAUGCUUGGUCUCCACAAAAGCCAUGAUGCUGUAGAAUUAUCCAAAAUUAUUGAGAGCAAGAAACAAGAAAUUGAAGAAGAAACUCAGGAAAUUGAAUCCAUCAUUAUUCCUAGCUACAAGGAGAAAAGCAAAACUACAGACGAAAAAUUAUCUAUCACAAUUGGCAAACUUCAUGAGCUGGAAAAAGAGACAGGAAAGAACAGAAAAUUUUGGCACCAAGAAGUAGACACCAUCUUCAAUAAGUUUGACUCUAUGAUGAAAUCCAUUAAAGAAAAUCAUCUGGCUGGUUUAAAAUCCCACCAUUCAAGGCUUAGCAAGCUUAUUCAAGAAAUGACUGAAACAGUUAAAAAAAACAAAAAAAUCCUUUUGUCCAAAACGAUGUCGGCUGUCACUAGCUACAAAUCCAAACUCCACAAAUAUAGGAACAUGCCAACCGACAUUGAUGUCAAACUGCCAUCACUCAAAACAAACACAGCCCAGGGGAGAGAACUGCGAAUAGAAUUAGGAGAACAUCAGGCCAUGCUGACUCAGGGAGCACUCUCUAGUCUGACAGAUAAAUUCUCCUACUCAUUGCCGAGUAAGCUAUUAGACAAAGCCAAGAUGAUUGCUUCUAUUCCAACUCGAGUUAAACCGCUAGGCCAUGUUGCCUGUGUGGGAGUGGAUGAAGCCUGGGUUAGUGGCAUUGAUAAAACCAUUAGGCAUGUUGACAUUCACGGGUCUGGACGGGGCACUGUCACAUGUCAAUACUGGCCUAGUGACAUCACAGUGACCAGACACGGAGAACUGGUGUACAGUGACGUCAACAAAACAGUGAACAUUGUCAGACAAGGGAGAACAGAGACACUGAUCACCACACCACCAGGCUGGAAACCAGACAAACUAUGCUGUACCAAGUUGGGCGACAUACUGGUCAGUAUGUUUACUACUGAUUUUAGCCAAUAUAAAAUAGUUCGUUAUCAGGGGCACACAGUGAGACAGGAAAUAGAUAGAGAUGAGCAUGGACAGUUAAUCUAUAAAGGAGGAGCAUUAACACUCUAUGUGGUAGAGAACAACAAUGGAGACAUCUGUGCCUCUGAUAAUAAUGCUAAAAGCGUGGUUGUGGUGGACAAGUCAAGAAGAGUCCGACUUCGAUACGAUGGUACACCAGCCAGGAGGAAAAAGUCAUUUAAUCCUGCACAUAUAGUGACAGACUCCAUGAGUCACAUCAUUGUCACUGAUAAAAACAAUGCCUGUCUACACAUCCUGGAUCAGAAUGGACAGUUCCUGAGAUGUGUGGACAAUUGUGGACUAGAUAAACCUAAUGGACUGAGUGUGGACAGAGAGGGGAGAUUGUGGGUAGGGUUGCUUAACACAGGAGAAGUCAAAGUGAUUCAGUACAUGACAUAAACUCAGACCAUGAUGUAUAGAUAACAGAGAAUGAUAGGUCUUGUGUAGAUCUUUUGAUACUUAUAAACCUCUCACUUCCUGUGUGACUCAUUGCUUGAUACUUACAAACCUCUCACUUCCUGUGUGACUCAUCGCUUGAUGCUUACAAACCUCUCACUUCCUGUGUGACUCAUUGCUCGAUACUUAUAAACCUCUCACUUCCUGUGUGACUCAUUGCUCGAUACUUAAAAAACCUCUCACUUCCUGUGUGACUCAUCGCUCGAUACUUACAAACCUCUCACUUCCUGUGUGACUCAUCGCUCGAUACUUAUAAACCUCUCACUUCCUGUGUGACUUGUACAUAAGUGUAAUAAUCAUGUACAUGUAUGUAAUCUCUCAAAUUCAUUCAACAUGUAAUUCUAGAAGUAACCCCCACAUCUAACCAAACUAUGCCAUUACUGUCUCAUAAGAAACCACAAUACAUGUAUGCAUAGUUACAUCCACAGUUACAGCAUUUACCCAUUAAAUCAUAUUUCAAGCUUUGCGGUUUAUUACACAAACAAGAGGCGCAUGGGUCGCAUCACUCACCAGAGUCACCUUGGCCCAUAUCUAAAGAUUUUCCCUACAUAUUCACAUGUAAAACUUUUAUCACUAUUGUGGCCCCAACCUACCAUGAUUUUUACAAACUUAAAUCUGCACUAUAUCAGGAAGUUUUCAAGUAAAUGUAAACAUUUCUGACCCAGCGGUUCUUGAAAAGAAGAAUUUUAAAGAUAUUCCCUAUAUAUUUGUAUGUAAAACUUUGAUCCCCUAUUGUGGCCUCAUCCUACCCCCGAGGUUCAUGAUGUUAACAAACUUAAAUCUGCACUAUGUUAGGAAGCUUUCAUGUAAAUGUAAACUUCUCUGGCCCAAUGGUUCUUGAGAAGAUUUUCUCUAUAUAUUUGCAUAUAAACCCCUAUCGUGGCCCCAUAAAACUUGAUCCCCUAUCGUGGCCCUAUCCUACCCUUGGGGAUCAUGGUUUUAAUAAACUUAAAUCUGCACCAUGUCAAGAAGCUUUCAUGUAAAUUUGUAUUUUCCUGGCCCAGUGGUUCUUGAGAUGAUUUUUGAAGAUUUUCCUUAUGUAUUUUGUACGUAAAAAUUUUCCCCCCUAUCACGGGCCCCAUCCUACCCCCGAGGACCAUGAGUUUAACAAACUUGAAUCUGCACUAUGUCAAGAAGUUUUUGUGUAAAUUUCAGCUCUUCUGGCCCAGUGGUUCUUCAGGAAAAGACUUUGCAUUUUUGUGAUUAUCUCCCCUAUGAAAUGGGCACGGUCCUUCAUUUGUACAAACUUAAAAAGCCCUAUACCCAAGGAUAUUUUUGCCAGGUUUGGUUGAAAUUGGCUCAGUGGUUCUGGAGAAGUCAAAAAUGCAAAAAGUUUACAGACAGAGAGACGACAGACAGCAGGCGAUCAGAAAAGCUCACUUGAGCUUUCAGCACAGGUGAGCUAAAAGAGAGUACUCUCCCCUUCCCCUGCUGGAGAAAAUGGCGACAGCACAGACAGAACUCUUUUGGUUACAGAACCCGUCAAAGCCAGUAUCAAGCAGUCUGAGCCUGCAUCCAAUGUUUGUAUGGAGAAGGCAGUAAAUGUUAAAGCAUGAAUAUAAUUCGAUAUUGUAUAAAAUGUAGUAAAUAUAAGCAUUCAAGAAUUGUUACUUUUCUUACAUUGCAAAUAACAUGAAAAUUAUUAGACAAUCACAGCUUGUGGUGGAGCCCAUCACAAAGAUUUAUCACAUUCUCAUUAAAACUCCUUGUGACUGGUCAAAUCUACCUUACAUUAUUUAAUUUGUCUGCACACCUACACACUAUUUCAUGUUAUUUAAUUUGUCUACACACCUACACACUAUUUCAUGUUAUUUAAUUUGUCUACACACCUACACACUAUUUCAUGUUAGGGCUGUUCCAGAAAUGAUCAAAUGGGGGGGUCGGGCGGCAAACGAUAUUUUUUAGUGUGGGUGUUCGUAUUUUUUCAUAUUUUAUUUGGUCCGUGGUUGGACUGUUAAAAAUUUUUUUAUUAUGGGUAGUGGGUAGUUUCUAUUGUUUUUUAAUUUUGUGCCACGUGGGUGUUGAGUUUUCAGAAUAUUUUUAUUGUCGCUCUUGUCGUGUUGGUUACAAAACGUCGGAGGGAAAAUUGAAAACGUGCUUUCGAAAUCGGAAGUAACAUAGAACUAUUCAAGUUGUCGCUCUUUGUAGCGCAUAACUUUCUAUUUCCAUUAGGGCACUCUUCAAAUUAGAGGCGCGUUUAAUAGGGUCCCUUGGGACGUAAUGGUGGCGAACUCUGUAGAUUAUUACAGUUUACAGUGCAUCGAUCUUGGGAAUAUUUUGAAAUCAAUAGGUAUUCCGUUUUCUAAUAAAAAUAGGCAAACCUUGGUUGAUUUAUGCGAGGGUAUGCGUUAUAUUUAUCAGUCAGUGUGAUGGUGAUAUAGAGGCCUCCAUUAGAAGACGAACGAUUCGUGGAAAAACAUAUCCAUACCCAUUUCAUGAUAAUAGCAUCGCUUGGACUCCCAAUCUUUCCAACAUUCCCGCCAUAGAUGCCUUUGAUUAUUGAUGUGACAUCAUUUCUUCAGAACUACUGUGAUACAAUGUCGCACAGGCAUUACCGCGUCAUUGACUACUAGAAUGUUUGUCCCGAAAACCUCGCGAGAUUUGUAGUGUUUUCAUUUUUUAAAAAUAUUUUUGUGGUGGGUCUGGUUAGGUUUUUUUUUUUAAUUAGAUGGGUCAUUGUAAAAUGAGUUUUAUCAAUUUGAUGGGUCAUGGGGCAAUUUUUUUAUUUUUUUUUAUGGGUGCUUGGUAUAUACAAAAGGUGCCUCCCGACCCCCCCCCCCCCACCCCCAUGUAUUUAUUUAUGGAAUAGCCCUUAUUCAAUUUGUCUACACACCUACACACUAUUUCAUGUUAUUUAAUUUGUCUACACACCUACACACUAUUUCAUGUUAUUUAAUUUGUCCAUAAACCAUUCUAUGUUACAUGUAGCAGUACACACUAUUACCUGUUAUUUAAUUUGUCUGUACAUUCUAUGCUACAUGUAGCAACAAAAGAUGUAAAGAAUCAUCCAAUGCUUUAGUAUCUUUUCUUUCAGACCCCAAAAAAUUAAUGAAUAGUUUCUCAGGCCUAACAUUUCAAAUUUUGAUGAGGGAGGCUUUCUUUUUUUACUUGGCUGUAGCAUGAGUUAUCUUUCCUUUCUAUAUUGACUGUAGCAUGAGUUAUCUUUUCAUUCUUAUGUACAUGGCAGUGAUUUUUCUACAAUUUUUACAAGGGUCCUGUGGCUUUCGAAUUGGGAAAAAUUGUCGACAUUUCUGUCAAAUUGGGAAAAAUCAAUUUUAUCGUAAUUAAGUUUUAAAAUCAUAUCAAAUAUAUUAUCUUUAUUUUACACAUCUAAUUUACUUUAACCUUUUAAAAUUUUCAACUAUGCUAUCCAAUUAAAUCAUCAUUCCCUAACUCUUUGUUAAGUCUUAUGUAUAUAAUUCACAUCGAAUCUUUACUUUUUUCAAAUACGUUUUCUUAUUGGGAAAAAUGCAGGCUAAAGUGAGAAAAAAUUUGCAAUUUUAAGGAGGGGAAAGGGCCAAAAUUCAGACCCAAAAUGGGCCUAAAAAAAUCACUGCAUGUGUUUAUAUAGAGUAAGCAAUGGAAUUUUUAUUUGUUUAUAAAAAAUAGCCCCACAUUACCUACUUACUAUUAAGUGGAUACCAUUACUCUUUUAAACAUUUGCACAUAAGGCCACAUCAAAUCGAUUCUCUGGUUCUCAGACAAUUGUUUUUCAAAAAAUGGGGAGGUAGGUAGGGGGUUUAGUUUUUCAGUUUAUCUCCAUGUCACAAAUGGGUAGGGAUUUUUUGUCUGUGGUUUUUUUGUGUUGUGAAGAAAGUUAGAGUUUUGCAAAUGGUAUUCAACACCGUAUAGCUUCUUUUCAUUCUGCUUCUUGUCUUGUUUUAUAUGUAUGUCAUGCUUUUAUAUUGUAGAUCUUUAUGCAAAUAAAGUGAAUACAAAAUAGUACGUUUUUUAUCAUUCUAUUCAAGUAUACCAAAAAACUACUUCCUGUAAAUGUUUGGCAUGGUCAUGAAUUGUAAAAGAAUUGUAAAUAAAAUGUAUAAACUGCUGAAGAAACCUUAUCGCUGUCAGCCGUUUUGUUUCGACCUACGAAAAUGUCGUACUUCAACUCAGCCUUGCUUUCAUCAAUUUGUUCCUCCAGUUUCAAUUUCUUUAAAUUCACCGCCCAGAAGUUUCUUGCAAACGUAUCAACUGUCAAGGACGAGUCUACCGGUAUAAUUGUCCAUGGAACAAUCUGUUUUGAGUUAAAAAUCUCAAUGCUUACAAGAACUGUUUCUGUCGCCAUAUUGUUUAC